CACCUCUCGGCCCUGCUGGGGCUCAGCGAGGAGGCGCUGGCCCGGCGGCGGGGGGCGGCCCCCCGGCACUGCCCCCUCUGCCCCCAGGGCCUGGGGUGCUGCCAGAGCCCGCACCCCCGCCUGCACCCACCGGCCCCGGCCCCGCGGGAUGCGUCGCCCCCCGGCACUGUGGGCUGGGGGUCACCUCCCAUGGCGGGGACGACCCCGGAGCUGCACGGGGCUCCCGGCGUGGGGACAGUGCCCUGGGGGUCACCCCCCUGUGGGUCUGCUGCGGGGACCCCCCCAGAGGUGCUUGGGGUUCCCGAGAUGGGGAUGGGGGCCUGGGGGUCGCCCCCCUACACCCUUGCGACAGCGACCCCCCCGGAGCUACACGCGGCUGUCGCCUCCAACGCGUCCUCCUGGCCGUCCCCUCCUCACUGCGCAGGGGAAGGGGCCCCCCCGCACCUUUCCGGAGACCCCCUCCUGGACGCGGGGCUGAUGCUGCCGGAGUUCGUGGACGCAGGGACGGUCACUCAG